ACACUCUCCGUCCCCAAACGCAGCCAUGCAUCUCAGCGCGCACGAGUCUUGCCAUUCCCUCUUCUUGUUUUGCAUCCUGCUGAGGAGUUGCCAAGCCUUCAAGAACGACGCAACGGAGCUCCUGUUCUCCCACGUGAGCGCCCCGGUUCCUGAGGUCCAAAGCAACGUCUCCUUGAACCGUCCACGAACCGGCGGGAGAGGAGCGGGCAGCGCGGCGCACGACAGAAGCGAGCAAAGUCAAAUUGGAUGCAGAGAACUAAGGUCCACUAAGUACAUCUCCGAUGGUCACUGCACCAGCAUCAACCCCAUCAAGGAGCUGGUGUGUGCAGGCGAGUGUCUCCCAGCUCAGAUGCUGGAAAACUGGAUUGGUGGAACCCAUGGCAGAAGGUUCUGGAGUCGACGGAGCAGCAACCAGGACUGGCGGUGCGUCAAUGACAAGACCCGUACCCAGCGCAUCCAGCUGCAGUGCCAAGAUGGCAGCACAAGAACUUACAAGAUUACAGUGGUCACCUCCUGCAAGUGCAAGAGGUACUCGAGACAACACAAUGAAUCCGGAAACAAGUUCGAGGAGUCUGCCCUGUCGCCACCGAGGCUCCUCCACAAACACAAAUCUAAGAGCAAGAGAAGGUCGGGGAAGAACAGGCUGAGUGAAAACUGGCACGAGACUGAACCCUGAGAGACACUGAACAUGCAGAGUGACUCUAAACUUCAAGAAGUUUUGUCUCAGUGAUGUUAAGACACAACAUCCAGAAACAGCAGUUGUGGAUUAUAUGUGUGUGAUUGGGACUUGAUUUAUGUGAACUGGUUCCUCACCAUGAUGAAGAACUCCAAGCAGGACUCUGAGGACUUUUCUUGACAUCUUAAUCCACAUGCUUAAAGCUAAUAUGACCAGGACUUGUCAGAAUGUUCUCCAGCCAUGAGUCAUGCACAGACUGUCCUCUAGACCUGUGCAUGUGUUCAUAUAGUCAUUUGAUAUGCAGAUGGAGAUCUUUAACUAACGAAGCGCCAACACCAGUAAACACUACCCAACAUCUUAAAAGAAUAUUGUGUAAAUAGAUGUACAUAUAUUAAAUUCAUACUUUUUUAAAGUAUGUCCAUUUGUAUAAAAUUUUACCAUGUAAGAUUUAUGAUGUAAUAUAUUUUAUUUGGCAGCGUACCUGAUAAGUGUAGAUUAAGUGCAGUCAGCAUGUGGGUGAAGUCUCUGGAAAAGCUUUGUCGUCAGUCAGUCGUGUAAUAAUAACAUUGUAUGAAAUAAAUAUCCCUUUUUAUCAUA